CCUGGCAGAACUUCCUCUAGGCAAUAACAGUGGAAUAAUCCCACCCCUGAGAGUGGUAGAUAUCGUGGGAGGAAUGGAGGGCAUAGCCCUGUCAGGCAGAAAUUAAUUUCCUUAAUCCUGUUUGUGGGGCCUAGGUAGCAUGCUGCCAAGUGUAGUAUAAAUGCUCAGACAGAUGGGCGGACAUCAUGUGCUGGAAACAGAAAUUUGAGAUCCGAUUUGUAGUUAGCCCCUAAAUUCACUCUGACGUCAGGUAGACGCAAGAGGCCAGAUACAUGGGCAGCUGCUUACCCUCGUGGAAAAUCCAUGCAAAGUGCUGCCACUCUGAUUUAGCAGUGCUCUACACCCCGCCUUGUGCCAGCUGUCCCCUGCUCUCUGCUCCUUCCUCCCUGUGCUAGACACAGGGUCACGGUGAUAAGCCCUUUCAGCACCCCCUAGUCUCUGCUGCCCAAGGACCUGAUGUGUCCCUGGUAUAAGUGACAGAAGCUCACAGGCCCUUCUAUGGCACUGCAGCCUGGAAAAGCAGGAAAGUGGUGUCCUCCCUCCCACCUCAUCUCUGCCCCCAGCACUUCUCUGCAUCAGAGACUGCGAGGAGGAGUGGCUGCUCUGUGUCAGGCAGGUGAGGACCCUACACCAGAUGGGAGAGGACUUCCCUGAGGGGUCAGUUUUGCCCAUUCAGAUGCCUUUUGUCCCCACCACUGGAGCAGCACAGAGUCAAAAAAUCAGACCAGCUUUUCGCAGGAGGAAGGCAAGCCAGAAUCCAGCCCAGCAACCCCCGCAGAGAUGCAUGUUAGAUCCAUCUACCUCAACACUCAUCUGCAGACACAGGCAGGCUCGUCUUGACACAUGCACAAAGGCACAGAAAGACACAGAUGCCUACAGGCACACACAGAGACAUACUGUAUGCACAGUGACACAAAGACACAGAUCUCCUUGCCCAUGCUGACACACAGGCAUUAGCCUGCAGACUCAGCCUCUCCAUUGCCCUCCAUACUCACAUCCUGGGAUGCGGGCUCACACUCUGCUUCUGUGUCUGGCCAGCAUGGAUAGCAACCAGAUACCCUGGAGUGGUGGUGCCUAAGGACAAAAUCUCCAGGCUGGGAUACCUGAUUGGCUUCAGCUGAUUGCUUCUGAUUUUCCGCUGUGUCAGUGAGGCCACAAUCUAGCCUUGGGACUGAGAUCCCCUACAGGAUUCCCUGCCUAUUCUUAGUGCUUUCUUAGCACAGCCCUCCAGCAGCCUGGGAAAGGGUUAAACAUCCCUCUGAAUAAACAACUGGCUAUGUCUAGAGAUGCUCUGCAGGCAGAAGCAUAUGAGAAUCGCUUGGGAAUAGGGAGGAGAAGAGGGAGGGAAAAUGGGUGUGGGGGAAGCAUUUUCAGGGCAUGUCUAGCCCAUUCAUUACAGCACCUCCCUUCCCCACUCUCGUGCCCACCAAUCCAGGGAAGGUCUCUCAGCAGCUGGGCUGAAGUCCUAGAUCCUAGGAAAGGAGGGAGGCAGAGCGUAGGGGAGAUUUUGCAGGGAUGUUUAAUAUUCAGGUCACAUGACCAUGGCAGCAGUGGCAGCAGAAGCAUUCUUGCUUAUCUGAAAUAUCCAGUGGAGGAGAGGAAAAAAAAGAGAGAGAAGGAGAAAGAGAGAGAGAAAAGCAGAGCCUCUUAGCCAGCCAGGCUGCAUCGGUGUCAGGAUAAAAAGUGGGGGGGAAAUCCCACCCCUCAGGAGCAGAUUCAAAGACAAAGAAAGAUUCAUGUUCAAAGGGCCAGCAGACACCAGGACUGACGCAGCUAUGUCUGACCUGGUGCCGGAGCCCCGGCAAAAACCAGUAGUGCCGAUGAAACCUGUUAGCAUUAACUCCAAUCUGCUGGGCUACAUUGGGAUCGACACCAUCAUUGAGCAAAUGCGCAAGAAGACCAUGAAAACAGGAUUUGACUUCAACAUCAUGGUUGUAGGUCAAAGUGGGCUGGGGAAAUCAACACUGGUGAACACUCUCUUCAAAUCCCAGGUGAGCCGCAAGUCUUCAGGCUGGAGCCGUGAGGAGAAGAUCCCUAAGACAGUGGAGAUUAAAGCUAUAGGGCAUGUCAUCGAAGAAGGUGGUGUCAAGAUGAAGCUGACGGUAAUUGAUACCCCAGGAUUUGGUGACCAGAUCAACAAUGAGAACUGUUGGGAGCCAAUUGAGAAAUACAUCAAUGAGCAAUAUGAAAAGUUUCUGAAGGAGGAAGUGAAUAUUGCGAGGAAGAAACGAAUCCCAGACACGAGAGUCCACUGCUGCCUCUACUUCAUUUCUCCCACAGGUCACUCCUUGCGACCUUUGGACCUGGAGUUCAUGAAACACCUCAGCAAAGUAGUAAACAUCAUCCCUGUUAUCGCCAAGGCAGACACCAUGACCCUGGAAGAAAAGAUUGAAUUCAAGCAAAGGGUGCGCAAAGAACUAGAGGUGAAUGGGAUCGAGUUUUACCCUCAGAAGGAGUUUGAUGAGGACCUGGAGGAUAAAACAGAGAAUGACAAAAUCAGGCAGGAAAGCAUGCCGUUUGCAGUGGUGGGCAGUGACAAGGAAUACCAAGUGAAUGGCAAAAGAGUCUUGGGAAGGAAAACACCCUGGGGAAUCAUUGAAGUGGAAAACCUUAAUCACUGCGAAUUUGCCCUCCUUCGAGACUUUGUCAUAAGGACCCACCUCCAAGACCUAAAAGAAGUGACACACAACAUCCACUAUGAGACUUACAGGGCCAAACGACUAAAUGACAAUGGGGGCCUCCCCCCAAUGACCGUUGAGACAGAGGAAAACCAUGAAAGUAACCUGUGAAUUACCCUCUUCUUGUCACUCACUGUCUCUGGAUAUUACCACCCACCCCGACUGCCCUUGUCUUUACUGUGGGCCUGUCUUUGAAGCAUGUGGAACAUCCUCUGUGUGUGUGUGUGUAAGUGUGUGUGUGUGUGUGUGUGUGUGUGUGUGAGGGGGAUGGACAAAGAGCAUUUCCUCUGUCCUCCCCAGAAUGUGCUCCUUCCUGUUUUUGCACAGCGGACUGUCACCUUUCUCUCUUUCCCAUACCAUGACUCAGUUAUGUGUCUUGGUUGUGGGAAGUCACAGAGAGAACUCUGGGAAGUGUAGUUUCUGGCAUUUGGGGUUCACUUUUUUGUCAGGGGCCCUGAGGGUCCUGUGCUUGCCCAUAUAAAAGCCAUGGACUUACUGCAAGGACAGUGGAGUUUGUGUACCUAGUGUCUUCAAGAUGGUGGUGGCAACCGUGAGCUUCAUUAUGGGCAGAAGAAUAAUUCCAUGGUGGAGGUGAAGGGGGUUUUAAUGGUCAGUCUGGGGGAAGUGAUAAGUGGUGGUGUUGUAUCCUCUCUUCUCAUUGUGGCCAUCGGAGGAGUUAGUUGUAAAAACAUGGAUGGGAUGGAAAGAUGCCAUGUUUUCCAGUCUGGCCACUGAAUGGGAACAUGUGGUGGUGGGAGGAAAUAGCCAGUUAGAUCAAGGACAUUCAGAUUUGAUUUGAGAAGAAUCAAAGUACGUUGAGAAAUAGGAAUAUCUUCUAAAGAGCAAAACCCUGUAAACCAUGCUGGAAAGAAUCCAUUUUUAAAACCAUUUUAAAAUCCAUUUCCAUGUAACGCCCAAAAGCUGCCUUUGAUUGUCACAUGGUCUCGAUUGUGCCUAGCCUCUGGCUUGCUCUGCUGUGACUACCUUCUUUGACCGGUUGCAGCAGCCAAGAAUAGUUGGAGUGCAGGAUGUUCUGGUCCUGCUUGUCCCUUCCUUAGUGGAUUCUUAUGGUGAGGGGAGUCAGGAAGCUACUCUGUGCCAAGCAAUAAGCCUCUACUUUGCUGGGAGUAUUUUCUGGGGACAAGUCCUGCCUAUUAUCCAGCCUCCAUGCUAUCAGAGGAGCACUCAGAGAUUGCAGAGGAAAAGAGCAGAGGGUUAAGGUGUUUCUGCCUUUGAUCUCUUGCAUUGGAACCCAAGAGAUACUUUCUGUUUUUGAAAGCAUUUCAUGUUUGCCACCCAGAGGUCCCACUCUCUCUGCAGCUCCUUCCAUCCUUGUUGUCCUUUACCCAUAUUUUUCUGCUUUUCUGUCUUUCUCCUAUGCUUGCUUUCCUCCUCUCUCAUCUCCCUCUCUCUUCUUUCUUUCCCCUCAUUAUUUCUGUCCUCUCUCUUCUGUGCCUCCCCCUUACUUUCCCAAACUGCUUUAGUUCUCCUUUCUCUUGAUCUCUUCUCACAUUACCUUACUUCCUACUUGGCUGCCUAUUGUUCUUCUAUAGCUCAUAUCUCCCAAAAGAUCCUGUAUGUAUUACUGGUGUGAGUUCAUUGCAUAACAUCUAAAAGCUAUUGUUUUACUUUCCCAUCAGAGGCGGUGGGGGAGAAGAUAAAAACAAUGAAUAUUAAUUGAGGGACAAAUACUGAGAUCUUUACUAAGGGCCAGGUUGUGGCAUUUAGCCACUGGUCAAAGGUAGAGGUGUAACAAAUCAGCCAGGUGCUGGAGCAGUGGGAUGCCUGGGGACAGAGAUGACUACUUCUAGCUGCUGCUGUGGUGCCAGCAUGAUCAUGUGGUUAUAGUGCCAACUGAUAUUUUUCUUCCCCCUACAAAUCAGCACCUAAGGUGACUCCCCAAGUUGCCCCGACCUAGUAGUUACACAGUAGUACUACAGAAACAGUUCCUGAUCCCGGGAUCAAUAGAGCACUGACAAUCAACAGAUUCUCUCAUGGACCACUGUGCACCAAUUUCUCAUUAGAAACCCUCUGAAGGCGCAUGGGGGCUGGUGUGAUCUCUGGGCUGGUUGUCAUGGCCUCAUGAAAGCCCAGCAAUCCAUGGACCCUGGUCUGGGGACCAUGCAUUAGAGCAUUCAUAGAGGAAGAAGAGGAUGUGUAAAGGGGUGCUGAUGGGAAAGGAAAAGGAGUUCUGUAAAGGAGAGGAACCCACUUUCCCAGGACUAGAAUGAGUUCCCAUAUGACAGCAAUUCUCAGUUCUUUUAUGGAGCAGUAUGGCAUCCCUUUUUAUGCUGUAAAGGCUAGUGCUUUUAGGGAAGGGAGGCGAGAAAAAAUAGACAUUACCAUCAGCUGCUCCAUCUAUUCCCUAGACUGGCCAGGACCACCUUGUUUGGGGUUGUGUUUUCUGGACCCACUGCCCUGAGGGAGUGAAGACUGUGGAUAUCUUGUGACCUUCCAGACAGAUACCCUGGGGAACCUCCUACUGGAAUCUUCCAUUGACAUGCCACAUGGCCACUGGCAUCCAUUGCCUUGGGAUCCUUUGGGAUGAAAGACGGAUGUCAUAGGAAUGUAAAAUUGCUCUCUUUCUUAUUUAAUUUAUGUAGAAAUGCUUUUUUAUUUUUCAUUCCAGGCUCCCUUGCAUUAGUUAUCUUUCUCCCUAGUCCUCCCCAGGCUCAGCCAUUUUUAUUAUCUUUCUUCAUAUGCCAAACAAAUGCAGAGGUUUAAGAGCAGGUUAGAAAAAAUAACACUUGACUGGGACGCUUUGGUCAGAAAUGAUCCUGUUUUGAGCAGGGGGUUGGACUAGAAGAUUUCCUGAGGUCUCUGCCAGCCCUAAUUUUCUAUUAUUAGUCUUCCCACAGCUUCCACAUAUGAAUAGCUGUAUUGGUUUUCCUUUCUUAUCUUCAGGGAGAUGACCUGGUUUAUGAUGUAGGGGCUGUGAUCUUCUCAGCACUGAGACCAACCCAUGGGUUAGGACUACAUGUGAUCAUCAAGAGGUUAUAUGGUUUCUUUAACACCAAUGCCUCUAUAUUCUAAUACUUCUUUUCUACUACCACCUAAUGCUUUAUAUUCUACCAAUGAAGGGCUAGCAUUUUUUCUUCUAUUCAGUAUCAAAACCAGUCAUUUGGAAUGCAGCAAGAAUGAGAGGAAAAUGCAAAAGAAGUGAUGCACUCAAUCAAAUCUGAUGUAAAUCUCAAGUGCAAUGAGUUUAGGAAUUUCUGUUAGGAGGAUACACAUCAUAUAUCUGACAAUCAUCCCUUACUGCUCAAAUAGCAGUAGGUAACACCUGAGGAGGAUUAACAGAGCAGUGUGGAUCAUCUAGCUCUGCAACAAGCAGGAAAUGUUGUGUGUCAAGAUUGAGGUGCUUUGGAAGAGCUGUGUAUGAGGAUGCCAGCAAUUGAAUAAGCAGAGAGUGUUGUGGGUCAAAACUGAGACAUACUAACAGGACUGUAUGGAGCCUAGGACUGGAAAAGCAGAGAGCAAUUGAAGCGCUGUUCAUUAGCAGAGCUGUGUAAGGGAAUCUUGCAUGGUGCCUGCCUAUGGUUUUAGCUAGUGCCAUCACUGCAGGGCAAAGGUCUCUUUAGCACGUCUUUUGUCUAUCCAAGCAAAUCAGUCAUUCUCAUUAUCACUAGUGUGUGAAGGUCUCAAUAAUACAGUCCUGUCCUCCCAUCCACUUCUGUAACUCUUAGUACCAAUGCAGUUCUUGCAUCUGGACCAGAUAUUCUUGGACAGGAUGUAGGACAAAAGCCUCUUUGGCAGGGGCGGGCAAGAGUGGUACAAGAGUAUUUUGGGCAGAGGGCUGCUUACUGAAUUUUGGCAAGCCAUCAAAGGCCACAUGACAGGCAGCCAGGGGCCGAUUAAUAUUAAUUUUCUAAAUUUUUUAGGGGCCUCACGGGCCAGAUAGAAUGUCCUGGCAGGCCGCAUCCAGCCCGGAGAUCGCAUUUUGCUCCCCCUGCUCUUCGGUGUGCUGCAAGCUUCCAUGCCAUCCCAUUCUCAGCCCCAGUGGGGGCUGAAAAACAUCUUCUAUAAGGCUGUCUAUCCAUUUGUAUCAGCCAUUCACACAUCUAACGCAGGGUGAAAGCUGCCACAGAACUACUCUUGUCCAGCCAAUCAUAUCAGUCAACCUCACCCCGCUGCAGAGUGCAGGUCUGUUGAUAGUGAUGCCGCACAUAAACACUCAUCUACUACUGUUCAUGACAGUAUGUAUCCUUUUAAGCCCGCAGCAGUGCAAAGACUUCUUCAGUGCUUCUGCUGCCAUUGUGCUAAAGAAUGAAGCUGAAAAUGGACAUCUUUAGCCAGUUCACAGUGGGGAGGUUCUGAGACAAUUACACUUGCUGUCCCAAUGGUAUCACCCCUUGAUGUGGACCGUGGCAGAGUAUUAUCAACUCCAGUGAAAUCAGAGUAUUUUUGUGGCAGCGAUAGGGUCCUGUACAUGACUUGUGAGCCUGAACAAUGAGUGCUACAGAAUACUGAUACUUCCUUGCUAGGAAGACCUCAUGCUCAGAAAAGGGGUUUCCCUUCAUCCAUAUCUAUCAUUUCAAUCACAGAUAUUGGGUGAUGCACUGUGCUCAGUGGGGCUUGUCUAUGUGGAAUGUGAGUAAUAGAUACUGUCCUUGGGGAAGGAAGCUGGGCGUGGUGGUCCAACCUGGAAGAAGUCUUGAUGGAUUCCUGUUCACUCAGGUUAUUCACUGACUUCCUGUGUGAUCCUGAGCCAGUAAAAUCACCUUCCUUAUCAGCCAUUAUUUUAAUAGGCCCCAUAAUAUGCCAAACAUUUGCCAAACAUACUAGGACAGAGUGCUCAAAUUGUGCUCAAGGAGCUGUUUGUUUCUACAAAGAGUUCCACUGACUUCAAAGCCUCACUGACUACGCACUCUUGUAGAUGUUCACCAGUAUGAGCUGCAUAGUGUAAUCUAUUAGGCUUUAUACUGGAAAAAUUAUAGUUUCAUAAUUGUUAGGGGCUUGAUGGGACCUUACAGAUCUUUGGGUGCAGCCCCUCUGUACUUGAGUAGGCAAGACUGCUGGAAUCAGAUGACCCCAGCAAGAUGGGCAUCAAGACGCUUUUUGAAGAUCACCAGGGUGGGUGACUGUAUCAUAUCGGGGGGGAGCCUGUUCCAUGAUGUUAACUAUCAUGUCAUGAUUUUGCCUUGUACAGUGUGUUUAAAAGCAUGUUAGCUCAUUAUGAUUAAUGACCAGCUAACACUGGCAACAUGUAGGGGAUGCACACGGGUGCACAUACACCCCCUGAGUUUGGCUGUGCACCCCCUGCAAGCGCCAGCCGCGAAACUGGAAGUGCCAGUGGAAGUGCACUUCCAGUUUUGCUGCUGGCUUAGCGAUCGGCCGCAGGGGGACAGCUCCCAUCAGCGAUCUGGUGCCCCCCCUAGACUCAGGAGGCACCAGUUGCCCAUGGCAGCUAACAUUUUCACACACUAAUAUCUAAUCUAUCAUGUUAGCCACUACAUUUUUAAUGGGAUGCUUUUCUUUCCAUAACAGACAAAGCAAAAAAGAGUUUGGAAGGGGGUGUAUACAGAAGUGAAGCACUGACCAUGCUAUUUAGCCAUAUCUUGGUAACUGGACAUUUUAAUAGCACUUCAAUAGUUAAUUGAAGUUUUUGGUAAAAAAGAUUUUCCUUUAAGUAUGAUUAACACUGUCUAUCAGUAAAUCCAUCUGGGAAAAUAUUUGAACCUCACUGGAAAUAUGAUGUGCUUUAUCUGAAUUUAGUUCUUCCCUGAUGAAAAUAUACUAUUUUAUACGACAAUAAAUAAGUUACAGUAAUAACACUGUGAAAAUAUAUAGUGCUUGUUAUCCAGGGACCUCUUGAUACUUUCAAAAGUGAGUAACUAUGAUUUGUCCCAUUUUACAGAGGCAAACUGAGGUAAAGAGGUGACUUGACUUGCCUAGGGUCACACAGGAAAUCAGGGGCAGAGUUGUGAAUAGAAUCCGUGCUGCCUUAUUACCACUUCUCUGCUAUAGCAACUAGACUCGCUGCCUUCCCUCUGUCCAUAUGUGCUUUGGACAGUCAAGUCCAUGUGGAAGGAACCAAAUGUUGGUAGUGGUACAAAGAGUAAAGGGCCCAGGCUCAUUUCCUAACAGAUUACUUUUUCCUACCAAGUGGCCUGUCCUUUGAUACUGGCCAGCAUACCCACAGUUGUCUCACCUUUUCUCCCCUUUCCAAUUUCAUUUAUACUGCAACUCCAUCAGCAGCACUAGGUUGAAGACAGACCUGUUGCUUUCAGAGCAAAUCCUGAAGCAGUGCAGGGGGUGAAUUAAUGCUUCCCAAUAGGAAAACAGGCAACUGCCUCAUUAAAGCUGAAGAUCCAGUACAAUUUUCAUCACCAGCACAAUGCAUACUACCAAAUAGUAGGGAACAAAACACCCUGAGUUUUCCUUUUCCCCCAGUUCCAAGUGAAAACCAUCAAAUGCAUCCUAAAUUCUGAUGUUCUUCAUUGUACUAUAAAGAAGAAAGAAAAUGUCCCUUAGAAAUAAGGAGACAUCUACUCACCUUCACCCUUUCAAAGUUACUUAUGAAUCCAUGCAGAAGCUCUAGGGCACCAAGGCUUACACAGCACAGAGGAAAGAAAGAAAGAUGAUCCCCUGCCUUGCCUCUGACAAUGAUGUUCUCACCAUCACAUAUCCAGGAGCACCCAAAGGUUUUCAGAAAUCUAGAUCCCACGUCUCUUACCUGAAAGCAAGUGCACUAGAAUUCAAUCUCACUGAGAUCUAAUGGAGCAAGAAAUGAAAGCAUGCAUGAGUGAAUGACACCUGGUUCCUGUCAUUCCCUACCCCACGACAGUAUCAUGAUGGAGUCUUCUUGUAUCAGUCCAGCACUGACUGAAAACCCCCCAGAAACACACGACCUUAGUGGUGUAAAAGUUGCUAGACUUAACUUUCUAUCUGUAUUGUAUCAUUAAACAAAACAGUGCUGUUUGAACAAA